AUGGCUUACAAGAGUGUUGCUCUCGUCGGUGCCAGCGGAAACCUAGGACAGAUUACUAUCCCCGCCUUCCACGACUCUGACCUCGAGAUUACCGCCAUCAUCCGAUCCACCUCUACAGCCACGUUCCCCGAGGGCAUCAAAGUCAUCAAAACUGAGUACAACCUCGCCGAUUUGACCGAGGCUCUGAAGGGCAAGGACGCCGUCAUCAGCAUGAUUCCUAUCGUCUCUCUAGAUCAGCAGGCCGUGGUCAUCGACGCCGCUAUUGCCGCUGGCGUCAAGCGGUUUAUCCCUAGCGAGUUUGGAUCAGAUACCAGAAGCGAGAAGGUCUUGGCGGCCGUGCCUUUUUUCAAGGUCAAGAAGGAUUACCUGGACCUCCUCAAGACCAAGGAGGAUGUUAUCAGCUGGACUGCUCUCUUCACUGGGCCCUUCUUUGACUGGGGCCUGCCAUUGGAUUUCUGGGGCUUCGAUCUGGCCACCAAAAAGGCUCUUCUGGUCGAUGAGGGCAAGGCUACCUUCACCACCAGUAACGCACUCCAGAUCGGCCGUGCCCUUGUCGGCAUCCUCAAGCACCCUGAGGAGACUUCCAACACCGUCGUUGCCAUCGAGUCCUUCACCACCACCCAGUUGAAGGCCCUCGAGAUCUUGGAGAAGGUUACCAACACCACAUUUGAGCGCAAGUACCAGACUUCCGAGGACCUUCGAGCGGAGGCCUUCAAGUUGUUGAACGAGGGCAACAUCAACGACGGAGGCGCCAAGCUAAUCAGUGCCCUUGUUUUCGGCAAGGAGAACUUGGAGGACCACAAGCAUCUAGACCUUGAGAAGUGGAACAAGCUCCUUGGUCUUCCUACUGAGUCAGUUGAAGAGACUAUCGAGCGUGUCAUCAAGAGCCUGGCUUGA